CCAAAUUCGAGAGAGUGAGAGAGGGGACGCGAGAUCGAUGGGGUCCUCUACCUCCGUUCCUUCAUACUCGGCCUCCUUUUCUAACUCCACCACCGCCUAUUCUCCUCCGUCGCCACCCUCGCCGCCGUCUCGCUCAAAUGGAAAGUCUGACGGCGAAGAGAGGCCUCGCUUCUUCGAUUCUAAGGCGAAGAACAAGUGCUGGGCUAAUGCUGACAUCGUGCCUGGCCGACAUCCCGAGAGGUGGCGUAAAGACGCUGCCGGAAACGUGGUCUGCAAACGCUUCGGGAAUUGCAGCGGCUGUCUCUGUUUCGAGUACGAUCACAUUGUUCCUUACUCCAAAGGUGGAGAAUCGACGGCGGAGAAUUGCCAGAUUCUCCAAACUAGAGUUAACAGAUUAAAAGCAGCUCAAGAAAAGGUGGAUGCAACCACACUUAAGGGAUAUUCAUGUGGCCUGCAAUUUACGGACAAGGAGCUCGAUGUCAUCGAAAUGGCGGUUUAUGGAGACGUGUUACGACCUGGAAAAGAAUGUCGCUGCAAAACCGUAGCCGAGCUGCUUGGUCAGUCCAAGUCCAAAGAUGGUAAAGCCGCAUGCGAAUUACCAUCAUAGAAAGUAAUCAAACCAUGUCAUAGUAAAGCUUUGAUUCGACACUUAUGCUCUAACAUUGAAGAUUAUAUGUUGGAUUCAUCUGAAUCUUUUCACUCAUUGGGAAACCAUUGUUUGCGAGGGGUCGUGAUGCUCCUACACAAUUCUCCUUUGUAUUUUAUCGUAGAUUUUAAUUGGAACCAAUAUUCAGCUUGUACUGGUACCUAACUGUGAAAGUCAACAAAUGGAUUGUUCAUAUAUCGACCACCUAAUU